UCCCUCUUACCCUCUCAUCUUUCAUCCUCAAAAAAUCUCCAUUUGCAAACCGAAGUUUUCUCUUCAAAGGCAGCCAUGUUUGUAGCUCUCCUUUUACUUUGGUCUCUUUUGUUCCUCCUCUACGUCUUCUUCACCACCAUCCGGAAAUAUCAAACAAAACUACCGAAACCACCAUUGAGUUCUACCUAUGGGCCUCCUUCCUACCCCAUAAUUGGCUGCUUUAUCUCUUUCUGCAAGAACCAACACAACCUCCUAGACUGGUACACCAGUCUCCUCUCAGCCUCACCGUCACAGACUAUAGUUGUGCACAGGAUAGGUGCACGACGCAUUGUUGUGACGGCAAACCCAUCCAACGUGGAGCACAUUCUCAAAACAAACUUUACAAACUUCCCCAAGGGAAAACCCCUAACUGAGUUCCUCGGGGACCUUCUGGGCUGCGGCAUAUUCAACGUGGAUGGCGACUUGUGGUCCACGCAGCGGAAGCUCGCGAGCCAUGAGUUCAGCACAAAGUCCCUGAGGGAGUUUGUUGUGAAGACUCUUGAGGAAGAAGUCGAGGGCCGACUUAUUCCGCUGCUGGAAGAAGUUGCAGAGAGCCAAAGGGUUUUGGAUAUGCAGGAAAUACUGAAGAUGUUUGCUUUUGACACUGUGUGCAAGGUUUCAUUGGGCACCGACCCAUUUUGCUUGGAUUUGAGCCGACCCGUGCCUCCCCUUGUGAAAGCUUUUGAUUGUGCUGCUGAGAUAAGUGCCAGAAGGGCUACAGCUCCUUUGUAUUUGAUGUGGAAGAUGAAGCGUGCAUUGAGCAUUGGGUCCGAAAAGAAGCUCAGGGAAGCAGUGAAUCUCGUUCAUGGCUCUGUUCAUGAAAUAAUCCAAAACAAAAGGAAGAUUCUUGAAAGAGAUGAAGGAGAGAGAAUUGAAAGCCACGACAUUUUGUCACGGUUGUUACUAGCAGGACACGGGGAGGAAGUGGUGAGAGACAUGGUGAUAAGUUUCAUACUUGCCGGACGUGACACCACCUCAGCAGCCAUGACUUGGCUCUUCUGGUUGCUCAGCAAGCAUCCUGACAUAACCCACAAGAUUGUGAACGAAGUCGAAAAUGUCGUCGUACAAAACAAUGGUACGGAAAAACUAGGGUUUGAUGAUUUGCAAAAAAUGAGGUUUCUGAGGGCUAGUUUGUGUGAGACUAUGAGGCUCUACCCACCAGUCCCAUGGGAUUCCAAGCAUGCUGAGGUGGACACUGUCUUGCCAGAUGGGACUUGGGUUGGGAAGGGAGAUAGGGUUACUUAUUUUCCAUAUGGGAUGGGGAGGAUGAAGGAGCUGUGGGGAAAAGACCGGUUUGAGUUUAACCCGGACAGGUGGUUUGACAUUGAACCGGGUUGUGAUGGUGAUAAUAAGGUUUUGAAAUUUGUGAGUCCAUAUAAGUUCCCGGUUUUUCAGGCCGGUCCAAGGGUUUGUCUUGGGAAGGAGAUGGCUUUUAUUCAGAUGAAGUAUGUGAUGGCUUCGGUGUUGAGGCGGUUUGAGAUCAGACCGGUUUGUGGGGAGGACCGGCCGGUUUUUGUUCCUCUCUUGACGGCCCAUAUGGCAGGUGGGUUGAAGGUGUUGGUUCGAAAAAGAAGUUAGCUAGAUUGGUAAACUCCAUGCUUGAAAAGGCAUUUCAUUCAUCACGAAUAUGCACGUUUCUUUACUUCUUGUGUAGCUAUGUUAAAUUUGUUGAAAUGCAAAAAUGUCUUUAGAAAUAUGGCAGUUAUAAUUUAGGGUGAAAGUCGCUUAACCAUGCAUCCUUAUUAAUAA